AUCGUCCAAAACUUCUCAAAGGCCGCCUCUUCGAGAUCAUCCCCGCCUCUCAAAAGACGACAUCUCCUUUUGCGCCACGCCGACAUUCCGAGAAACAUACACCGCACGCCUCUGCAAAAGUGCAAGUUGAUAUUGUCAAGAUGGACGCCAGCAAGCAGCCUGUCAAGCUCGUCAAGGUCACCCGAGUUCUCGGCCGUACCGGUUCUCGUGGUGGUGUGACCCAAGUCCGUGUCGAGUUCAUGGACGACCAGAGCCGAAGCAUUAUCCGCAACGUCAAGGGCCCAGUUCGCGUCGACGACAUCCUGGUGCUCCUCGAGUCUGAGCGUGAGGCCAGGAGGCUGAGAUAAAGAAAACAUCAUGAAAAGUUUGGGUUCAAGAAAGAGGCUGUACGGAAUGACACGGGACAUACCCUCGGCGGCAGGGACUGGGUCGAGGGAACGGCAACGGCAUUGCUAGUCUUUCUAACGUUUUAGAGAGAGGCGUUGGUUUGGGAUUCUGGUAUCCAGAAUAGGCUUCUCACGACAAUACUCAACCAUGUGUUUUACGCGACUACCAAAUGGGCAUUAUUUUCGUUAAGCCGGAGCUGCUUUCCUGUCACCAAUGCAUAUACGAUUGUCU